AUGAAUGUGCUUAACCCUCCACCACAGGUACAACAACCACAACAGAGGUACUACCAACCUCCACAUCAGAGACCACAACAUGUUGUUACUCCUCCAUCUGAUUCUGGCCUAUCAGAAAUCAAAAUUGCGCAAAUCUCCUCUACUCUGCAAACUCGCCAACAAGGAGCCCUACUAUCACAGCUAGUACAACCAACAGAAUACGUAAAUACAAUUACCCUAAGGAGUGGUUCACACUAUGAUGGGCCUCCUAUGCCCAAAGAUGAUGAACAUGAUAAACCCCAGGAUAAGAGUGGAGAUAUGCAGGGUCUUGCUAUCAAACUUCCACUCCCUUAUAGAUAUUUAAAGAGCAAGUUGGAUAAUCAAUUUGGUAAGUUUCUAAAGGUUGUGAAUAAUUUGCAGGUAACAGUUCCUUUCACAGAUUUAAUUACUCGAGUUCCUGCAUAUUCUAAAUUUAUGAAAGAAAAUCUGACUAGAAAAACAGCUAUUAGUGAGGUAGAGACAGUAGCUUUUACUGCAGAAUGUAGUGCUAUAUUACUGAAUAAAUCUCCGCCUAACCUAAAAGAUCCGGCUACCAAUAUUUCUCUGCAAAUGGCCGAUCGUUCUGUGAAAUACCCUUUAGGUGCUUUAGAGGAUGUUCCUGUUAGAGAGAAAUAA